AUGGCAGGAGACUGCAAUAGAGACAUAGAGACCGGAUACCAGACCAUCCAGAGGAGAGGCCACCGACGCAGAAGGCCCAUCAGAGAUGAAGAUCAGCGAAAAGACCCCGAGUUGGCUGGUAUCAAGCAGAGAGGCAAGUCCAGUGGAGUCACCAAACAAAGAGCGAGCAAGCCCAGUGGAGUCUCCAAACAAACAAUUCCCAAGCAACGGGAGGAUAUGCAUACGCUGCCUAAAAGGCUGGAAGAUGUACCGCGGCGGCUGGCCCUGAAGGUCAUGACACGGAAGCGAGAGAUGGAGGAGCUGGAGAAGGAAGGCAGAGACAGUAAGGAGAGCAGAGAGGCGCGACAACGGUUCAAUGAGGUAUACACGCAAAUUACACGGGAGCUAAGGAACCCAAGGCAAGUCGCGGAGAAACUAAAAAGGGAAAGUAAAAAACGCCUAAGGGAGAGAUCAAAGAAGGAGAGCACACCGGAGGCACCCGAAAGGACAGAGGAAGGAUAUGAGAUAGAGAAAGGGAACAGAGGAGACCAUUUAGAAAAUCAACAGUAA